AUGGUUCGCGGCCACAUGUCGGCGUCGGGGGACACACCCCCGCCAGUCCCCUCGUCGGUGGCGCGGGCGCGAGACGAGAUUUCGCUGCGGUGUCUGCAGAGGCACGACGCGAAAAUCAGGAAGAUCAUUUGUCAGGCCUCGUUCGUGAGCGUCUACGCGCUCUGCCGCUCCACGCGGAAAUGGGAUCGCGCGCACAUGCAGGGAGGUCUGCAUGUUGUUGAGCGCGAAGUCGACGCGCGGCCGCAGACGGAGGCCAAACGGGAGAGUCGCUGGCGGCUCUUUGUCCUCAACCAGCGCGACACCGGCGUGCUCCUCGAGGACCUCGAUGAAUCCUUCGAGAUGGAGGGCGAGAAAAACCACAUCUUCUACAGAGUCACCUGCCCCGUAACGGGCGAACAGCGCAUCCACGCCAUCUGGGUGUACGACGACAAUCAGCGCCUCGCGGUUCAGCGCGUGCUGCAGGACAUCAUCGACUCCUGCGCGUCGGGGGCGGGGCGGGCACCUGCGGGCGAGGACCUGCUGGCUGCGCCUGGGGGCCUCCCCAGACACGGCGACGACCCUGCCGCCGCGUCCGUGUCCUCCCGCGCGACCGUCGCCUCGUCUGUCUCCUCUGCGGGCCCGCCGCUCGCCGCGCCGCCGCCCCCUCCCACGGGCUCCAACAGCGCCGGCAUCCACCUCCUCUCGCUCGUGCGGCCUCAAGUCGGCGCGCAGAAGAUGGGGCCUGUCGCCCUCCACUCGGUGCCGCAGAGGAACGCCGCGGGGCAGAUAUGUGCGUUUGUGUGCGCGUGGCGCGUCAAUCUAUCCUGCGGCGAGAGGGACAGGGGCGGGGCCGCCGCGGAAGGCGGAGCUCGAGGCGGGGGUCCUCCCCUCGGAGGGAGAGAGAAGGCCGACAGGUUGUUUGAAUCAGUGCUUGCCUGGGGCUCUGUGCUGCAUUCAGAGCAUUAUGUCUCUUCUGGGCAUCGCGCCUGCGGCCGGAUGCCCCGAGCCUGGCGCGGGCUCCGUACCGCCUGCGGGGCCUGUAGACCCGGCGCCGCACGCCGCCUCCGCGCCCGGGGCCUUCGAGGGGGAAGGGAAGGCGAGGAGAUGCAGAAGGAACGCAGCAGAGACAAGAACACGAGUAUCUCGAUUCUCUCGCUGCUUCGGUCCUCGGGGGGGUCGGCGCCCAGUGGCCACGGCCCCGGCUCGCUGCCCCCAGAGACAGAAGAGACAGGUGUCCCCUUGUCGGGGCCCGGCGGCGAAGGUCACAAGCGUGAACUGUCUCCUGGUUUUCCAAGGGAAGGAAACAGAGACGCGUCAGGGUGGGACAAAAUGCCUCCAUCAGCAGGCGCAAGUGACCCUCCCUCGCUCGCGGGCGUGCUGAAGCGGCGCCCUGCCCCCCCCCAGGGUCCCGGGGUCUACCCGCGGGGACCGUCCCCUGCCCCGUUCCCCCGUGAAUCCCACGGCCCGGAGAAGGGCUUCCUGGAGGGAGGGCGCGGGUUUUCCGCGCCCGUGGAGCCCCUGUACGCGCCAGGGGUGGGCCCCGCGGGCCCCCCGGCCAUGACGCCUGCAGGCCCGUUGAGCGCCUCGGGGCUGUCUCUCUCGACUGGCGAUCCGUCGUCGCUGACGUCCUCAUCCUCUUCGCCGCUCCUGGCAGCGCCGCUGCACACGUCGGCCCCGCCCCCCUUCGGGCCUCCGGGCCCGCACCCGCGACUGCGCGAGUCGCGCCCGCUGCCGAUGCCUACGGCGUGCGCGCCCUCGAUGGGCGUCUGCGGGGCACCCGAGGGCUUCCAGGGCCCAGAGGGCGAGGAGCCGUGUCUCCUUGUCUCCCGCAGCAUGCUCGCCGAGGCGAUGGAGUCGGUCCUGCACUCCGAGGCCUUCCGCGACCUCCUCUGGCGACAGCUCGUCCUCCUCGAGGCGCGAGAGCGACAGCACCCGAGUCGCGAUCCCCAGGGCUAG